AUGAGCCUCCAUUUUGCCGGAAGCUUUCACGCUGUGCUCGGCGUGGCCCGCGACGCUCCCCUGGAGGAGAUCAAGCGGGCCUAUCGACGCAAGGCCCUCGAACUACACCCCAACAAGAACCCGGGCAACACAGCUGCUGCAACCGUGCGGUUCCAGCAGCUGCAAGCGGCGUACGAGUUGCCCUGCCACCAGAAGAAGGCCGGCGGGGAGUCACAGGAAAGGAGAGAGGAGGAGGGGAAUCCUUGCAUCAGAGGUUCGCCAGAACAGUCUGUAACAACUGAAGGAAGCGUGCCCGUGCACGAACCUCCACUAUUCUACCAGACCUCAGAACAAAACUCCAUCACUGGUGUUGUGAGUGCUGUACAGAGAAGUGACAUCCCGCCUGCUUUAGUUGUUAAGAGCGAAUAUGAUUGUGGAAGCCAACCCUACGCUGCUCUGUUUUUCGCUGCUACCAUGGCUUCUGCUGGCGGAUCUUCAUCUUCCCGUGGUGACAACGAGCCUCGAGGACGUCCUGACGGCCCCCAGAAGAAGAGGAAGGCGCAGAAGGAGACGUGGAAGAAGAAUGUGCUGAAGAACAAGCGUGUGAGUGGAGAGGAGUACGUGAGCCGGGCAACCAACAAAGUUGUCCCUGCACGUCGUGUAGGGGAGCCCUGCACCUGCCCUAAGGCUUGCUUUGUGCUGCUGGGUGAGGAAGCUGUCCAGCAGAUCUUCACCCGUGUACUAAGGCAUAAAAUGCCUUAG